GCAGGACUCAGGAGGAUGUCGACAGAGGAAGAAACACAACCAAGCAUCAAAGCCAGCGUGAAACGGGAGUCCAGGAGGAAAGGUCAGAACCGCAGCGAGCAGGCUCUGAUAAAGCGCUUCAGAGGCGAUGGGGUACGCUACAAAGCCAAGCUGAUUGGAAUUGACGACGUGUCCGCGGCACGUGGAGAUAAACUCUGCCAGGACUCCAUGAUGAAGCUGAAGGGUAUUGCUGCUUCGGCUCGAUCCAAAGGAGAGCACAAGCAGCGCGUUUUCUUAACCGUCUCCUUCAAUGGCAUUAAGAUCUACGACGAGAGAUCCGGGGUAUUACAGCAUCACCAUUCUGUGCACGAAAUCUCCUACAUCGCCAAAGACACCAGAGACCACCGUGCCUUCGGCUAUGUCUGUGGGAAAGAGGGAAACCACAAGUUUGUGGCCAUCAAGACAGUCCAUUCAGCACAGCCUUUGAUUCUGGAGCUGCGCGACCUCUUUACACUCAUCUAUGACCUGAAGCAGAAGGAUGACGGGGAGAAGAAGGCACAGAAAGCAAAGCACUGCGAGCAGGCUGUUUAUCAGACGAUUCUCGAGGACGACACUGAUGACCCAGUGUAUCAGUACAUUGUGUUUGAAGCUGGACACGAGCCGCUCCAUGGCCCCCAAUCAGAGGAGAGCAUUUAUCAGGUCCCAACGAGCCAGCAGAAAGAAGGGGUCUAUGAUGUUCCAAAACGCCAUUUUAUGACUAACAUCAGUCAGUUUGAACUGUUUGGUGACAUGGCCACUCCUCCGGACAUUGUAUCUAUGCCUGCGUCGCCUGCUAAUACCCUGGACCCCGGGCGACGACGGCAUCAGCGCCACCCUGAGCUCUUCACACACUUCAGCCCGCCUGCCGUGCCUUCAGGCUACAUGACGAUGGGUGCAGUGCAGGCGGCUCACUGGGCUCAGCAGUCCUUCGCGGCUCCGGCAGCUCCACUGGCGUUUGGUGUUCAGGCUCCUCUGCAGGUUGCUCAGGUUCUUCCUGGAGGACAGCCAGUGAUCUGGGGCCAGGCCAACCUUUUCCACUCUCCCGGCCCAGGCCAACAACAGUGGGCCUUCGUACCAGCCGGCACCUUGUUUCAAGGCCUUGUUCCCUUAGCGGCCAUGCGUCCUCGCAUGUCUACACCGUCCGCUCCAUCCUCGACCAUCACUAGCCCUCAGCAUGCAGCUGAAUCCAGAGAUGCCCCAAGCAGUAACCCUCUGGCAGAGGUGCCAGGCUCACACACACAGCCUGCUGACACCAGUGACCCACACACGGCGAUGGGAGGAGCCACACAGCCUGGCGAGAAGCAGGAAACGGAGGUCUGUAGUGAAGAUCUUGAUCUUUCCCAGCUGAGUUUGACUCCGGGGUCGUCGCCGUCCACUGCAGAGUCUCCUGCCACACCUGCUUCCCAGGAGAUCGACAUGACCUUGACCUCAGACCCCCAUAAAGAUCUCUCUGUCAUGAGAACAGAGAACAAAGAAAGCCAUCUUAAAGAGCCUUCUCCCAAAGGUGGAACAGAGCAGAGCAUCAGCCAAGAUGUGGCAGAGGAAUCGUGUUCCAGCUCCCAAAUCCCCAGCAGCUUAGCUGCCAAGUUCUGGAUUGAGACGCGAAAGAGGAAACCCAUAAAGCCAGAGUGGGGGACUGUGUCUGCUGCUCUCUCAGAUAAGAGGAAGAUUAGUCCUGUUAUUCCGUUUGAUUUUGUCUUUCCUCUUGUACGUUCUCCAUUAAGCACAAUGAUCUCUCUUCCUACGACACGACGCACUCUCAGCACUGCAGCACUUCAGGCUUUCUUCAUAUGUAUGGUGGUUGUAGUGUGCAGAUCCCAAUCACGACCUCCACUCAACCCUGUGGACUGCUCCCUGUCCGAAUGGUCCCAAUGGACCCGCUGUGACCCCUGCCUAAAAAAGAGGUUCCGCUACGCCACAGUGCUGCAGCCGUCUCAGUUUGGGGGAGAGCCGUGUCAUGAGCUCGGCCGUGAGGAAGAGUCGUGUACACCGCCCUCGCGCUACGCAUGCCGCAGUUCUGUACCGCUCUGCCAGGGCUUCCAGUGUUCCAGCACAGGUCGCUGUGUUCCGGAGGGGCUACGCUGUAACGGGGAUGAUGACUGCGGUGAUGCCUCUGAUGAGCUCAACUGUACAAAAGUGUUCAAAGCCUGCAAGGAGAAAACAGAAGAGUACUACGGCAUCGAGAAUCUCUCCAAAGGGAUUAAUGUGCUGAACAGUAACUUGGAGGGUGUAGUGCUGGAUAAUCGCUACUACGCUGGCGGCUGUUUGCCCUAUUUUAUCCAGGAUGUGCGCUUCAGGAAACCGUACAACGUUCAUCAAUACACUUUGGAGACAAAAGGCUCCUAUGAUUUCAAGCUUGAAUCCUACGACUCAUACAGAGAGUACUCACAGAACACGAUGAGGGCCACCAUGUCCAGGACCACCGUUUCCUUCGGCUUCAGUAUCCCUGGAGUCUUCAACAUCGGAUUUAACUUUGAUGAAAGCAAGUACAAGAAAUCUGUGCAGAAGCUUCGCAGUUAUGCUGGGAAGACAAACAGCUUCAUUCAUGCACACUCCAGGCUCGAGCUAUCACGUUACGCCCUUAAGGUAGGCAACUUGAUGCUGCACCCAGAGUUCCUGUCACGCCUGCGAGCUCUCCCGCUCGAGUACACAUACGGCGAGUACCGACAGCUAUACAGCGACUAUGGCACACACUACAUCACAGAGGGCAGGCUCGGGGGAGACUUUGACUACACCCUCAUCCUCAACAAGGAUAGUAUGGAGAAAACUGGGUACACUCUAAGCGAUGCCAAGUCGUGUCUGCAGGUGGGUUUUAACCUCGGAAUAAACAUUAAAGGUGUGUACGUGUCAGGAGGGGUAUCAGCUGGAGGUUGCAAAGGCCUGCUGGAAGAGUUCGGAAACACUACGAGUCGUUCGUCGAUAGUGGAGGAUUACGUAGCCGUGGUCAGAGGAGGAAACAGCGAGACGGUCUCACGUCUGGCCUCCAAGCACUUCCCCACACCGGACAUCAUGCAGCUAUGGGGGGAAGCCGUGCACUACAGUCCUGACUUCAUCAGCACUAAGCUGACACCGCUGUAUGAACUGGUGACAGAAAAGGAUUUCACCAACACCAACCUGCUGAAAAAGAACCUGAAGCGUGCGUUGAUAGAGUUCCUGCGUGAGAGCGACUCGUGCCGCUGCGCUCCCUGCCUCAACAACGGAGUGGCCGUGCUCAAAGGUACUUGGUGUGAUUGUAUCUGUCCUUCUGGCUUCAGGGGGCUGAGUUGCGAAGACACGAAACGAUCAGGAACACCGGUGGACGGAAACUGGAGCUGCUGGUCUGAAUGGUCAGCCUGCAAUGGUCAGACCAAAAAGCGGACUCGUCAGUGCACCAAUCCGGCGCCGCAAAACGGCGGAGGUUCCUGUCAGGGAAUACCCGAAGAAUCCGCUGACUGUUUUUAAACUUCGCGUCAAAAAAUGCACGUGUCAAUACUGACAUUUUGACCAGAAUGGCAGAAUGUUUAUGUUUUUGCAAAAAUAAUUGCCAUUACUCCUGUUAAAUAAAUCAAGACAAACAACAUA